GUACUGCCGCGUCAUCAGCUGCACGGCCCGGCGCCACGCCGACAAAUGUGCAAGAUGUCCCUGCGCUCUUUAAUUUAUUUUUGCUUGAUUUUAUCUCUACAAGCGCUCUUUCCCUUCAUCACAUUAAUUCGUGCAAAUGAAACAAAUCAAGAUGUUAAAAUUGAGGUUACGUUUCUGCCAGAAAACUGCAGCCAGAAAGCCAAAAGAGGAGACAUGCUGAACGCGCAUUAUGAUGGAUUUCUAGCAAAAGACGGAUCUCAGUUCUAUUGCAGUCGAACGACAGAGAAGGGUCACCCACACUGGUUUGUGUUAGGCGUUGGAAACAUUAUUAAAGGUCUCGAUGUGGGGCUCCAAGAGAUGUGUCCAGGCGAGAAGAGAAAAGUUACAAUUCCCCCUCCUCUGGCGUACGGCGAGAAAGGAAACGGUCCUGUUCCUCCAAAUGCAACGGUGAUCUUUGAGGUGGAGCUGUUGCACAUAAGCAGAGGACCACGCAGCAUAGAAGCCUUCAAGGAAAUGGAUGCUGACAACAACAAGGAACUGACAAAAGAAGAGAUUAAAGAGUACCUGAAAAUGGAAGCCAAGAAGUUGCAGACCCAGAAAGAUGAAUCCUAUUUUGAUGAUGUUGUGGCAGAUGUGUUUCAUAAAAAUGAUCAUGAUGCUGAUGGGACCUUAUCACUAAAGGAAUACAAUGUUUACAACCACGAUGAACUGUAAACACUAUCAGACAGAGACAUUUUCACACCAUUAGUGCACUGGACAAUCUCCACAAGAUGCUCUUUACAUUGUGAUUAAAGAUUUUGCUUUGAAUACCACUAAAUUUUUAAUAAAGUUGACUCAAAUACUUGUA